GAGCAAGCAGAAAAGUCGAGAAAUCUCAAGAAAAUACGAAAAGAAAAACAGAAAGAAAGAAGCCAGAAAGAACUAUCUUUGAUAAAGCAAGGAAAACGACCAUUUUAUUUAAAGAAAUGUAAGCAUCUUUUAACAUACUUUUAUUGGCUGUUUCGUUUGCCUGGUGUAAGUUACUGCCUAUUCUGCAUUUUCGUUUGUUCCUAGUGGCAGAAAUGCUGUAUUCUUAUGUAGAGUUAAAUAGAGAAAUGUCGUAAAAACUAACCUCUGUACAAAUAUUGAAAAUGCAGAAUAGGCAGUAACUGAAAUCAGGCCAGCAUUACAUUAAAUACUUCGACACACUUUGUUUUUCGGCCAGCGAUUGAGGCAAGUUGCAAACGACUUACUUUAUUCUCAGAUUUAGCGAUAAACAACAUCGCGUUAUAUAAUUCACAGUUCACAGUUGAAGCCAUAUUUCAACCGUGAUAUGUAAAUUAGAAUAAAUAGUCAUGGGCGUGAUUUAUGGCCAUAAUAAAUACCCCUGGCCGUUGUUAAAUUAUUUCCAUUACGAUUUAUUUUAGCGGAAAGAAAGAAACUAGAAUUAGCUGAGAAGUAUAAGACUUUGAAGGGAUCGAAAAAACUUGAUCAAUAUAUGAAUAAAAAGAGGAAGAAAAAUGCGAUGAAACAACGCAAACGUCUGCCCAAAGAACGUGAAUGA